AACAAAUAGCCGGGAGCCAGCCAGUGUCGGCGCACUCCGGUGGGCGUCUGUUGGCAAGUUCGAGACGUCUUAGCCGAGCUCUGCGCGGACUCGUUCGGAGCAGAAGCUCGCCGACGCGAUCCACGUUCCGUCAUCGCAAAGAAGUUGAAGGACGGAUUUAAAAAAAAAAAAAAAAAAACAACCUCCGGCGACAUCACUUCGGACUCGCCGGACGGCCGCUGAGAUUUAAGGGGGGGAAAAGGCUACAGAUACGAGAGAUUUUGUGGAUAAAACUUUGCACAUUUCCAGCUGGGACACUUGAAAAGGUUUAACUGAGACUUGGCCAACAUGUGCGGUGAGCUCACCGCGGCCGGGAGCUCGGCGUCCAUGUCAGGGGUCGCUCGUUUCGGGAAAUGAUGACUGGCAGCACCGACGGCAAAAUAAUGCUCAGAAGAUGGCUCGUCACCUUCAAGCCGUUCAGGAUAUUCGUGGUGGGGAUAGGCUUCUUCAGCCUGUGCUUUCUAAUGACUUCUCUGGGGGGGCAAUUUUCAGCCAAGAGACUUGGGGACUCCCCCUUCACCAUCCGUACAGAAGUGCUGGGAGGUGUGGAGUCACGCGGUGUGUUGAGGAAGAUCAGUGACAUGCUGGAGGUGAUUCUCAAGCGAAUGGACAACCUCGCCAAGCUGGACAACGCCACCGCCGCAGACACGCGACGCCUGGACGAGCUCAGCUCUGCAAUCAACAAGUUUCAACCAGCCGGCCUGAUGGAGAUGAUCCAGACUAUUGCCCAGAAUGUUUCGAACAUGGCGGUCAGAGUGGAGCAGAUACUGCAAACCAGCAUCAUGCAAGGCAAAGCGGUGAGAGACGGGACAUCAAGCCAGUGCGACGUACCCAAAGACCCCCGCUACCCGGAGUGUCCCGGAAAAGUAGACUGGAUGCGAGCACGCUGGACCUCCGACCCUUGCUACGCCUUCUACGGUGUGGAUGGCUCCGACUGCUCCUUCCUGGUCUACCUGAGUGAGGUGGAGUGGUUCUGCCCCCCGCUGGCCUGGAGGAAUCACAGCAGCCAACCCAGCCCCCAGCACGUCUACCAGGCCAAGGGCACCAAGAGGCCUGCGGCCUUCCGCACCGAUCUGUCCAUGCUGCUCGACCAGAUCGGCGCAGGGAAGGAGUCGCUGAGCUUCAUGAAGCGCAGAAUCCGCCGUCUUGCGCCGCAGUGGGCGACGGCUGCCAACCGCCUCGACGCUAAGCUGGCGCACCGCUGGAGGGACCAGAAGAAGAUCUUAAUCCACGUGGGGUUCCUAACAGAGGAGUCCGGCGACGUUUUCAGCCCCAAGGUCCUCAAAGGGGGUCCUCUCGGAGAGAUGGUCCAGUGGGCCGACAUCCUCACCACGCUCCACGUUCUGGGACACAACCUCAAGAUCUCCAUGUCUGUCAAGGAGCUCCAGAGCUUCCUGGGCGUCCCCCCCGGCAGAGGCAGUUGCCCACUGACUGGCCCUCUGCCCUUUGACCUCAUCUAUACGGACUACCACGGCCUGCAGCAGAUGAAGCAGCACAUGGGGCUCUCGCUCAAAAGACACAAGUGUCACAUCCGAGUGAUCGACACCUUCGGGACGGAGCCAGCGUACAACCACGAGGAGUACGCCACCCUGCACGGCUACCGGACCAACUGGGGCUAUUGGAACCUGAACGCCAGGCAGUACAUGACCAUGUUCCCUCACACGCCAGACAACUCCUUCAUGGGGUUCGUGUCGGAGGAGCUGAACGACACGGAGAAGGCGAGCAUCCGGCGCAGCAAAGUCAGCAGCAUGGCGGUGGUGUACGGGAAGGAGGCCAGCAUGUGGAAGCUGGAUGUACUGUGUGUGAUGUCCAGCGGUGAAUAUUUACCAAGUUGUUUUGUCCCUUUGUCACGUUGCAUCCGUCUGCUCGGACACCAGCUUCAGGGCAAAGAAGGUUUCCUGCAGAUUCUCCACAAGUACAUGGAGGUCCACGGCACGGUGUACUACGAGACGCAGAGACCCCCAGAGGUCCCGGCCUUCGUCAAGAAUCACGGCCUGCUGCCCCAGCACGAGCUGCAGCAGCUGCUGCGCAAAGCCAAGCUCUUCAUCGGCUUCGGUUUUCCGUACGAAGGCCCUGCCCCCCUGGAAGCCAUCGCCAACGGCUGCGUCUUCCUGCAGCCAAAGUUCAAACCGCCUCACAGCUCGCUCAAUCACGAGUUCUUCAAAGGGAAGCCCACGUCCAGAGAAGUGUCGUCGCAGCAUCCGUACGCGGAGCAGUACAUCGGCAGUCCUCACGUCAUGACGGUGGACUACAACAACUCUGUGGAGUUUGACGCCGCCAUCCGAGAAAUCAUGCGGACCAAGGUUGAGCCGUACCUGCCGUACGAGUACACAUGCGAGGGCAUGCUGGAGCGAGUGCACGCCUACAUACAGCAGCAGGACUUCUGCGCCCCCGAGCCGCCGUUCGUCCCCGCCAACGUGUCCAGACGAGGCUCCGCUGGCGGCGGCCCGACGAGGCCUCUCUUUGUGCCCCGGGCCAACUCCACAGGCCUGGGCUGGGCGCCCGACGCGGCCCCCCCGCCCGCCGCCUGGCCCCCGCUCAGCUCGCUGCGGCUGCUGGUGUCGCAAGAGGGCGAGUCGUGCGUGGGGGCGUGCCGGGGCCACGGCCUCAUCUGCGAGCCCGCUCACUUCCGCUUCAUCAACAACAAGGAGGCUCUGCGCAGGUUGGAGGUUCAGUGUGAAGUUCUGGACUCCGAGAUGAACCACAUCCUCCCGGCCUUCUCCGUGUUGCGGCGCGAGUGCGGGCUUCAGCGCGAUCCGCUGCUCUUCAGCUGCGCCGGCCAGUCCCCCAAAUACAGGCGCCUGUGCCCCUGCAGGGACUUCCGGCGCGGCCAGGUGGCGCUGUGCAGGGACUGCCUCUGACGGCGGCGGCGCGUACUCGGGCGGGAGAACCGGCGGCGAGGCAGGCAAACGAGCGCCCUCACCUGAGAGCGCAAGGGCGGCGGCCUCCGUUGCGGAAAAGGAUGAAAGAGUUCCGCCGGGGCACGACACGACGGGGCUUCCUGCGGGCGUCGGCGAAGCCGUCGGGAGCGUAGCCCGCCCCCCGGAGGACAGUUGAAGAACAUACCUGCUCAUUUUGAGGACCCCGGAGGGAAAAAAGGCUGCGGUGUCAUUCCCUCCCCGGACUUGGAGGCCAGCUCGGUUCAAUAUCCAAUCUCCUCUCAGCGAGCAAACAAAGGGGAGACAGACAAGGGGGGGGAGUUAUCGCCGGGGCUGCCACCCCACCCCCCUGCCGCCGCACCCACCCCACGGAGUCAUUUAUCAGACCAAACUGCCCCCGAGUCGGAGGCAACAUCGCUCAAUGUAAUCAUCCGUGCUCACAAAAGGCAGGAAAAGGAGCAGAGAGGAUACAGAUAAAGGCCACAAAAUUAUUUUUCAAUGAAUACGCUCAAGUGGAUUUUUCAGAGUCCUCGGCGGGCGGCUGCCUGACGGAGGAGACGUCACCAAAUAAAAAGAUCAUCAUGGAUCAAAGCCGC